AUGCCAGCAGAACAGGUCAUUAGAGAUGUACAAAGAGUGAUAGAAACGGUAGAACAAAAUCAUCCAAAUAUUGAAUCCAUAGCCGUUGUAGAUUGUAUUACAACAAAAAGAAUAACAGCUCGCUAUCCUAAUAUUUCAGAUAUCCAAAUGAACAUAAAAGAAUAUAAUGCAUCGUUAUCGACUUCAGCAGAUGAAUUACAAUUCACUUUAAUUCAAUCUGGCAUAACAGUGAAUGAUAUAAAAGAUAAUGAUAUUCACAUCAAAGAAGCAAGUAAAUACAAAAUAUUCGAUCGCAUUUUUGAAUUUUAUCAUUCACCACUCGUACCAAAACUUACCCCAUCUUCAACUGAAUUUACAUUUCUAACAGCAAAUGAAUAUUCCGCUACAAUAGUUGAUAAAACUCCUCCUUCUCCAAGUACUCCUCGUUCAGAACAGUCGGAAACGGCGCGUACUACUAACGUGGAAGAAGACGGAGAGGAGGAAAAAACGGAACUAGAUCCACCGCCGAAUACAAAUGAAUUUGAUGAUUUCAUUGACAUUAUUGUUUCCUCUAAUGAGUUUGAUGAGGAAAAUAAAAAAGCAGCAAUAAAGUUAAAAAAAAUUGAACAAAAAAAACAAAUGACACAACAACAAAGAACAACAAAAACUAGAAAAAGAACAAAAAGAGCAAAGAAAUUGGUAAAUAAAAAUACACUGGAGUACGAAAUUGCAAAAGGGUGA